AUGGUACCCAGUCGAGUUCUUUCCCUUUGCAAUCGGCAACAAUACAACGCAAUCACGAGGAACGAGGUCCCCGUUACUACGCUUUGGCUGACUUUGACGGAGACGGAGCGAAGAUCACGCUGCGGCGCGGGGAGCGGUAUGUGCGGUUAAGAGAGGCCAGUGGUAUGUCUGAAGCCGAUUCACUACUGAAUUACCACCCACAAACUUUUCUGCGCCGACGAGCUUACUUUGGCAAAUACAGGGUGGUGGAGUGUUCUGCGCCUUCGCGACAACGCGACGGGAUGGGCGUCGCCGCAUCUGCUUGCCCUCGUGCAGGAGGACGUGGAUAUCUCGGGCGACGAGAGAAGCUCGUCGGAGGAAGGUGACCGCGAUCACGAUGACAACGACCAUGGUGCAAGAAGCUCUUCCUCUUCGCCCGCCUCUCAGAUCCAGGCACGGGAUUCUUCCAAUCCGAGUCAAGGCAGCUCCUCUAACGCGCAUCGUGGCCUUCGUUCGCUGAUCCUUCCUUCGAAUCAGCGUGCUGGGCAACAGAACUUCUCGCCGCCACUCCCUCCUCGCCUCCCCACUUCUGCUCAAGGAGAUCGGCAGGGUCGCCGUUCGAUGCAACGAGUACGGAGAUCAACUGGAAGCCGAGAUCUACGAAGCAUGGCCGCGGCCACGGAAGGCGAGUGGGACUCGGGAGAAGAAGUCGAGUAUCCCGCCCUGCCUUCGUAUUUUCCCUAG